AUGCUGACAUCACCUCAGCCUCAUGCUGCUAUACUCGGAGGACCCCCGCGGAUAUCACUCACCGCAGGGCCUUCGACUCGGGUUAACCAGCGUGCGGUUCAUGCGGCAGCCGCAGCAACUACGACUACAACAUCUAGUUUACCCUUGCGACAGAGGCUUCCUCCUCGUUCAUGGGACAGCCAUAUGCAUGUCGUUGAGCCUCAGCGUUUUCCGGUCUCUCCGUCGGCAGUAUAUCAACCAGAGGUUCAUACCCUGGCUGACGCUCUUUCGUUCGAGUCCUCCUUGGGCGUCGAGAAUUUGGUCUUUGUUCAGCCAUCUAUCUAUGGAACUGACAACUCCUGCCUAUUGGCGUCUCUUGAAAAGCUCGGUCCCUCCCGUGGACGCGGUGUCGUGGUGGUUGACCCUGCCACGAUCCAACCAGAGACGCUGGACGAAUGGCACGCAGUUGGAGUCCGUGGCCUUCGAGUGAACCUGCAGUCUGUGGGAACGGUGAUGGAGCCAAGCGAGCUGGAAGAGACAUUACUUCGCCAUGCUGAAAUUGCCCGCCCUCGGAAUUGGAUCAUUGAGGUCUACAUCCCGCUGAAGAUGGUACCCAUGCUCGAGACCGUUGUCCCUCGUCUUGGUGUCCCCAUUUGCAUCGACCAUUUCGGAAGCCCCGAGCUAUCUUGUCUAUCUUUGACCAAAAGCAACAUCCCUUUCGAUCCAUACAACCUCCCUGGCUUCACUUCGUUGAUUUCGCUACUCCGAGCCGGAAACACCUACAUCAAAAUAUCCGCGCCUUAUCGACUCACAAAAGACCGACAAAUGCGUGAUCUGAAGGCGAUGGCACGCGAGUUCCUGGCCACAGCACCGGACCGGGUCAUAUACGCCACGGACUGGCCUCACACUCGCUUCACUGGUGUCGACAUUAGCCCGUUCACCGAAUGGUGCUUAGACCUUUGCAUUCACGAUCCCGAGUUGGCGGAGAAAUUGUUUAGGCGGAAUACUGAGCGGAUGCUGGAUGUCAACUCGAAUUAA